AUGGUUGAUUCAGAACUUUAUGGAAUCGAGGAGAUUGCUUAUGAUGAGGUGCUUCUUGGACAGUGUGCUGUGGCCUUGCUAGACAAGACCGCAAGGGACAUGUAUAUUAGGCUUAGGGACAACAGAAGAGCAUUAGUGGCCUAUUUGAGGUGCUUGGUUUUUAUGGAUGACAAUACGCAAUCUCGCUUAUUACAAUUACUUGUACAUGCGGAAGACGAUGAGAUUGAGGCUAUUACUGCAAUAAUAUCCAAUUACUCAAUAACUUUAUUGAAAGAGCCUUGUAGAACCAGUUCGCAAUCAGUGCAACAUGACCUACGUCCAACCAGAAGAACAGGGAUUCAUGAAAUGGUCGAUGCCAUAGGAGCAAUUGAUGGCACACAUAUCCCGUGUGUGGUUAUUGUUGAAGAGCAAGGGAAAUAUAUUGGAAGGAAAGGUAUUCCAACACAAAAUAUAAUAGCCGCAUGUGAUUGGGAUAUGUGCUUCACUUAUGUCAUGGCUGGAUGGGAAGGGACUGCUCAUGAUGCUCGUUUGUUUGACUCUGCUCUCACAAGGCCAGACAUGAAAUUUCCGCAUCCACCCCAAGGUAAAUAUUAUUUGUUAGAUGCUGGCUAUCCAACUCCACGUGGAUAUUUAGGUCCUUAUAGAUCUCAUAGGUACCACCUCCCAGAUUUUAGGCGUUCAUCUGGAUUUGGAAAUAAUAAUGAGAUUUUUAAUUAUUAUCAUUCAAGCUUAAGGACCACGAUUAAAAGGACUUUCAGGGUUUGGAAAAAUAGAUUCACAAUCUUACGACAUAUGCCUAGCUAUCCAUUUGUGCAGCAAGUUCAUAUUGUUGGUGCAACAAUGGCUAUACAUAAUUUUAUUAGAAGAAAAUCUGUAAUUGAUUCUGACUUCAGGCAUUUUGAGGAUGAAAAUAUGGUUAACACUAUCGAUGAUACUGAUGAGCCUGCAUUUUUAUCAACAAUUCCAAGUGCAAUUUCAAGCAUAGUUUCUGAUAGAGAAAUGAAUAGGGUUUGA